CGGCCCGGCUCGGCUCGGCUCGGCCCGGCUCGGGCGGCCCUCCUCGCGCUGCGCGCUUCGGGCUCCGUCCCGGCCUUCGGGCGGCCCCGGCUGGCGCCUUCGGGCGGGCUCGGCGGAGUCCGGAUGGAGGACUCGGACUCGGCCGCCAAGCAGCUGGGCCUGGCCGAGGCGGCGGCGGUGGCGGCCGCGGCCGCUGUUGCGGCGGCGGCCGCGGCCGCGGCAGGAGGCGAGGCGGAGGAGCCGGUGCUCAGCAGGGACGAGGACUCGGAGGAGGACGGAGACUCGGAGGCAGAGCGCGAGACUCGGCGGGUGACGGCCGUGGCGGUGAUGGCCGCCGAGUCCGGGCACAUGGACAUGGGUGCCGAGGCCCUGCCGGGUCCCGACGAGGCCGCCGCGGCCGCAGCCUUCGCAGAGGUGACCACUGUGACCGUGGCCAACGUGGGCGCCUCUGCAGACAACGUCUUCACCACGUCGGUGGCAAAUGCCGCCUCACUCUCGGGACACGUCCUGUCUGGCAGGACAGCCCUGCAGAUCGGGGACAGCCUGAACACAGAGAAGGCCACGCUGAUUGUUGUGCACACGGACGGGAGCAUCGUGGAGACGGCGGGGCUGAAGGGGCCAGCUGCACCUCUCACCCCAGGUGCCAGCACACCUGGGCGCUCGUGGAGUUCAUGCUGGGGGCGACCUGUUUAUUUUUGUGGCCCGCAGUGCCCUCCGACUCCUGCAGCUCCAGGCCAGGAGCGAGGCGGAACCAAAUAUAACUGGGACCCCUCGGUGUACGACAGCGAGCUGCCUGUGCGCUGCCGGAACAUCAGCGGCACGCUGUUCAAGAGCAGGCUCGGCUCAGGCGGCCGGGGCCGAUGCAUCAAGCAGGGGGAGAACUGGUACAGCCCGACUGAGUUCGAAGCCAUGGCCGGAAGAGCCAGCAGCAAGGACUGGAAGAGGAGCAUCCGCUACGCGGGCAGGCCGCUUCAGUGCCUCAUUCAGGACGGGAUCUUAAAUCCUCACGCUGCCUCAUGCACCUGUGCCGCCUGCUGUGACGACAUGACCCUGAGCGGCCCAGUCAGGCUCUUCGUCCCCUACAAAAGGCGCAAGAAGGAGAACGAGCCGCCUGCGACCCCCGUGAAGAAGGAGCCCCCCAAGAACAUCACGCUGCUUCCCGCCACCGCCGCCACCGCCUUCACCGUGACCCCCUCAGGACAGAUCACUACCUCGGGCGCACUGACCUUUGACCGGGCGUCCACCGUGGAGGCCACCGCCGUCAUCUCAGAGAGCCCGGCCCAGGGCGAUGUCUUCGCGGGAGCCACGGUGCAAGAGGCAGGCGUGCAGCCCCCGUGCAGAGUCGGCCACCCGGAGCCGCACUACCCAGGGUAUCAGGACAGCUGCCAGAUCGCACCCUUCCCGGAAGCAGCACUGCCAACGUCUCAUCCCAAAAUAGUGUUGACCUCCCUGCCGGCCUUGGCCGUCCCACCCUCCACCCCCACGAAAGCCGUCUCCCCCUCGGUGGUCAGCGGGCUGGAGAUGUCGGAGCCUCGGAACUGGCUGUACCUGGAAGAGAUGGUCAACUCCCUGCUCAGCACGGCCCAGCAACUGAAGACACUGUUCGAACAAGCCAAGCAGGCCAGCUCCUACAGAGAAGCCGCCGCGGCACAGGCCAGAGUCCAGGCGGACGCAGAUCGCAAGGAGCUUCCAGCAGGUUCUUCCGAAGGAGGAUCCCGGGAGUCCGGGUUCACGGAGCGCAGCCGGGGGACAUUCUCUCAGCUCGUCACUGCAGCCCCUGCGGCUUUUUGUGCGCGGCCUGGAGGUUGCUUAGGGCCAGUCUCCCAGGUGUCGGUGGGCGCAGGCCACCAGGGUCACCAGGGUCGGAGCAGCACCAGCCGAGGCGUGUGCGCGGCAGGCGUGGUGCACUCGGAGGCGUCCUGCGGGAGGUGGGGGUGGGGGGCACACCAGCGAUGUGUUCUUAACGGGAGCUUUCUCCGUUACAGUAAAUGUGGACUUUGGUUUGUAAACAAAAGUCAGAUUGGUUUUUUUUCCCUACCAUAUCUAUAAUAUGAACAUUUCUGUUAGUUUAUUCCCAUUUUUUAUAGAUCAGAGGGAAGAAGAGCUUUGCAGGUUCUCAAUUUUCUAUACGACUUAACGUGUGAUUAAUGUUUUUCCAAGGAAGAAAAAUGUUGCUUCUUCUGAAGAAGGAGAUAAAUUAAAAAACCUUUUUU